AUGCACACGAAAAAGAAACACUCAGCCCAACAAAAAAAAGCAGUCAUCCAAGUCCAGGCCUGGUGGCGUGGCACCCUGGUACGCAGAUCACUGCUGCACACAGCCCUGUGUGCCUGUAUCAUUCAGCGUUGGUGGCAACAAACGCACCUGAAGUUGCUGGAGGUGAAGCGGAGGAAGGUGUUGAUUGACUAUUCAAACAAGGAGAGAGCAGUGGUCAAGCUCCAGUCUCUGGUUCGUAUGUGGCGCAUCCACUGGAGGUACUGCCAAGUGCUCAGUGCUAUCUACAUCAUCCAGUAUCACUGGCAAUACCACAACUUCCAGUCCUGUUCUCUCCUGCGGGGUCAUUGUGUGGUCACUACCACUCACCUGCAGUUCCAUAUCGAGAUCAUUGACAACUAA